AUGUCUAAAAAACUCGAAAACGAACUCUUCAAUUUGAGAUUUGCCUCCAAAAACCUGGAAAAAUACGCCAAGAAAUGUGACAAACAAGAAGUUAUUGAGAAGAAUAAGCUGAAGCAAGCGAUAAUAAAAUGCAACAUGGAGGGCGCGCGGAUUCACGGAGAAAACUCAAUUAGGCAGAAGAAUCAGUCGCUGAACUACCGUCGGAUGAGUGCCAGGGUAGAUGCAGUGGCCGCCAGAGUUCAAAGUGCCGUAACAAUGGGGAAAGUUACGCAAUCAAUGGCGGGCGUAGUGAAGGCGAUGACGUCAGCGAUGAGCAGCAUGAACUUGGAGAAGAUCUCGACUUUGAUGGAUCGAUUCGAGCAGCAGUUUGAGCACUUGGACGUGCAGACGCAGGUGAUGGAGGACACGAUGGCAAACUCAUCCACACUUACCACGCCGCAGAACCAAGUUGAGGCCCUCAUGGUGGAAGUGGCGGACGAGGCUGGAAUUGAACUAAACAUGGAAAUGCCGCAAGCAAUGAGUUCUUCAGUUGGAACUGCUUCCAAAGACCAGGACGAAUUGUCUCAAAGAUUGGCCCAGCUGAGAAAAUCCUGA